AUGGCGCGGGGCCUCUUCUCCAAGGAGGCUGCUCGCGUCCCCGCCUGGAACCCGUGCCUGGACCUGGCUGUAGACCGUCUGCGCCCGGGGGGGCUGCCCGCCCUGGGCAUGGCAUCCUGGUUUGGGGAAGGCACGGGCCCCGACCCGCUCAUGACCCUGCUGGUCAUCAUCCUGCUGGCCCGCUUCAUUCUGUGGUCCUGCCUGGGGACCUACAUCGAUUACAGGCUGGCCCGGCGGCAGCGGCCCGGCAAACCCAAGGAGGACUAGGGCCUCCGCCGGCUGGUGGCCUCCAGCUUUAGGCACCAAAGGGCCUUCCCUCCAGGAGGGCGCUGUCCCAGAGCUGUCCCGUCCUGGGGGGCUGUGGGGAGGGGAGCGCAGCGCAGGGAGACACCGCUACCUCCCACCCACAGGGCAGAGGUGGACCAGCCCCACCUGGACGGACCAGGGCUGUCCUGGUCACGUCCCCUGACCCGUGUUGGGGGGAUGGAGGGGCCCCCUGCCCGCCCGUCCAUCAGGUUCUGGGGUCCCCCGUCCGUGUGCGUGACCCUGGGGAUGGGUCUUCCUUUAAGAGACAUUCUCUGCUUCCGAUUCUUUAUAAA